CCUGAACGGACGCUAGAACAGCACAUUCCGGGUCAAUUUGACCCCCUUGUUGAUGAAAAUGGACUUAACGAACAAGGAGAGCGAGAGGUUGUGAUUGCCGUUAUGGGAGUCACAGGGGCUGGAAAAAGCUAUCUAAUACGUCAGGUAACAGGACAGGAUGUUGUGGUUGGCGAUGGGAUAGCGGCGUCUACCCAGAAUGUUUUUGGAGUCCGAGUAAAGUACAGGGGAGUCAAGUUGACCAUGAUCGACUCUCCUGGGUUCGACAAUACCUACCGCACUGAUACCGAAGUACUCUCUGAUAUCUCGACAUAUUUGUCUCGAACAUAUAGCCAAGGAUUCAAACUCUCUGGCAUCAUAUACCUACACCCCAUCUCUCAAGCAAGAAUGGACGACUCUUCACUGCGAAGUCUUCGCAUGCUCAGGGAACUGGUUGGAGAUUAUGCCUUGGGAAAUGUGGUUCUUGCCACGUCACACUGGAGCAGAGUCUCGUCCGAAGAAGGAAUUAGACGGGAGACCGAACUCAAGAACACUUUCUGGAAAGAUCUUAUCAGUCGAGGUGCUAUCAUGACUAGAUACUCUGGAGACCAGAGAUCCGGCAACGCGCUCAUAGACUUGCUCAUCGAUAAACGCCGGAUUGUUCUCCACAUCCAGCGUGAGCUGGUCGAUGAAGGCAAGAAGCUCAUCGAAACGACUGCAGGCCACGUCCUUAACGAAGAAAUAAUCAAGCUGCAAAAGAAACAUGAAGAGGAAUUGAAGAAAUUAAAAGAAGAAAUGGAUGCAGCAAUGAGAAAUCGUGACAAGAAUGCCCAGGAAGAACUAGCAGAAUUGAAGAAGGAACUGGAGCGCCAAAUCGAUUUGACGAAGAGAGAGCGAGAGAAUGUUAAAGAGUAGAGGGAGAAUCACAUUUCGAGACCAGCAACAGAUUUAAUCUCAACUGCAACUCAUUCAAAUGAAUUUGGGGAAGCAGCAAAAGGAGAACAAGAUGUUACAGGAAGAUCACGCGAAGCAAUCAAAGGAGAUAUAGAAUAAAAAAUUGACCUGAAAGCUCAGAUCGCUAAUCAAUCCAC